AUGCCAAUUUUGGUACAGAACUGCAUCCAAAUUGCGCAGAGCUCACAACUCAAUGCGGGUAACAUCACCGAUGUGCACUCCUUCGCUUGGACUCGACCCUUCACCUUGGCGGUACAAUUCCUCCGCAACUGGAUUUAUGUCUGUGCUGCCAGCAUAGAAUGCUAUCUCUGCAAAGGCAAGAUUAAUCGCAAAAUCCUGCGAUGGCUCAGUCUUGCCUUCUAUGCACAAGUGGUUACCACCCUCCUAUUUAGUGGUCUCUUCCACUGUGCCCUCGUAAAAUGGUACCCAUGUCAUGCAAUAGCAUGCACGGGGGACUUCAACGAUUUGCCAAUAGUAUUCGUAGUCCCGGACAGAUCGGUGAGCUUUGUGGGGGUAUUCACAGUUCUCAUGAGUACCCACUUGCUGCCGGCGUUCGUCCUUGUAGUAAUGAAGGUAGUGACAGUGCACCAUGUUUUAACCCUACCCGCUAGUGAUAGGGGGCUGGACACACGAUGGUCCUUCGUCUCUACGUUUAUCCACACAGCGGUAGCGGUGUGGGGUUUGGCUGUAGGGUUGUUGGUGGGAGAGAUGGUGACUCCCUGCAAUCUGGUCUGGGCGUGGACGAGCGUGGCGGCGUUGGCAGACACGAUGACAGUGAUUUUGUUAGUGGGUGCGGCGAAGAUCGAGGCCACACUGGCGCGCGCAGCCCACAUUAAAGGAGCCGCCAAGGAUCUCGGAAACGUUCUCCACGUCUACCUGCGCUCCUACCUCUGCGAGUACUGCCUACAGACUAACAGGAUGUUCGUUUUCAGAUUGGGUAGGCAAUAA